UCUCCACUGCGCCUGUCUCCCCUGUCAAUCUUUUACUCCAUCAUCCGCCAGGGCUUCUCCUCCUCAGCUCUCCUUCUGUUUUUUUAAAACUCCAGCUGUCUCCUCUCCGCGGCUGUGAAAACAAUGGCCACGCCGAACCUGCUCCUCACUCUGGCCGUGUGGCUUGUGGCCGGGAGCCUCUCAGCGGAGGCGACCUACUACCGGCACCACCGCUACGUCCCCCACUUCUACCGCUACCGGGAGCACUCCGCCAACACGGAAAACCUGCUGCCUGAGGUCUCCAACCCGGUGCCCGAAGUCUCGCAGCCCGGCGUGCCGACCUACCCCGAGAUCCCCGAGGUGUUCCACCCGGUGCCUGAAGUCAUCCACCCCGUACCAGAGGCUUUCCACCCGGUGCCCGAAGUUGUGCAUCCUGCACCUGAGCCCUACCACCCACCUGAGGUUUACCAGCCGGUGCCUGAAGCCUCCUCCCCCGUCAACAUGAGCCGGGUUUUCUACGGAAUCAUGUUUGACGCUGGGAGCACAGGCAGCAGGAUCCACAUCUAUAAGUUCAUCCAGAAAGACCCUGUUGAGCUGCCAGUUCUGGACAAUGAAAUUUACCAUGCUGUGAAGCCCGGACUGUCUGCUUAUAAGGACAACCCUGAGGAGGGUGGCAACACCAUCCGGCAGUUGCUGAAGAUUGCCAAGAAGGCAGUGCCAGAGGAAGACUGGAGGAGGACCCCGGUGGUCCUGAAGGCCACAGCGGGUCUGCGCCUGCUGCCUGAAGACAAGGCCAACGCGCUUCUGACGGAGGUGCGAGAGGUGUUUAAUGAGUCCCCUUUCUUUGUGCCAAACAACAGUGUUUCCAUCAUGAAUGGAGCAAAAGAAGGAGUCCUCGCCUGGGUCACAGUGAACUUCCUUACAGGUCACUUGUACUCCAACACAAGGAGGACGGUGGGCAUCCUGGACUUAGGUGGAGGAUCUACACAGAUCACAUUCCUUCCCAAGUCAAAGAAAACGAUUCAGUCUGCCCCCCCCUCUUACAUCGCCAAAUUCAACCUCUUCGACCAUUCAUAUCAGCUCUACACACACAGCUACCUUGGAAAUGGACUGUAUGCGGCUCGAUUGGCAACUCUUGGAGCACUAGGAGCUGAUGGUCUAGAUUGGAAAGUCUUCACUAGUUCCUGCCUCCCGAAAAAGUUCAGAGAAGAUGUGACUUUUGGAGGAACCACCUACAAAGUUAGCGGGAUUCCAGACGGCUACGCAGGCUAUAAGCUGUGCUACUAUGAGGUGAUGAAGGUAAUCAAGGGAAUAGUGCACCAGCCUUAUGAAGUGAAGGGCAGCAGCGUCUUCUACGCUUUCUCCUACUACUUCGAUAGAGCUGUGGAGUCUGGCCUCAUUGAUGGCAGUCGAGGUGGUGCGAUUGAAGUCAGGGAUUUUAAGAAGAGAGCCAAAGAAGUGUGCAACAAGAUGACCAAAUACCGUGCUAUCAGCCCCUUCCUCUGCAUGGAUAUGACAUAUAUCACUUGUCUGCUAAAGGAGGGCUUUGGCUUCAAGGACAGCACCGUGCUGCAGCUAGCCAAGAAGGUGAACAACGUGGAGACGAGCUGGGCCCUGGGAGCAACCUUUGACUACUUCAGAAACCUCAACAUCCACUAAGGACAGCUCGCUGUCAUUGCAGCCGGCACUGAGAGCGACAGUCUGUCACUGUGGGGCUUCCCUUCCUCCAUCCACCCUCCAUCAGCCCCGUCCCCUUCACAGACACACCCGGUCCCACCACGCUUCCUCACCCACCGCACCCCUCCUCUUUUCCUCAACCUCAGCACCCUGCGAACACUCCAAGAACUGUUGAAAAAAAAGAGAAAUAAAUCACUAUAUUUUUAUAAGGCCAGCUAUUUCUACUGUAUGUUGAGCUCAUGACUGGUGGGCUGACUUUAUUUUUUUGUAAAACGUUUACAUUUUUGAUUCCUUAUGGGUGUCUGAUCUGAAAUGUUGUUCUCACUUACCUGUUAAGUGUGUAGAGGGUAGCUUAGAAGCAAUACAACCAGUCAUGGUAUUUUGGUGCUUACUGUGGUCCUGGUGUGCACUGUGCACUACAGUGGAAUUUAUUUAGAGACUAGUUGCUGGAAGCGCAACCAUAGUUGUCUUUCUACAUGCUUGUAAAUCGGUCUUUCUAUUCUAGCAGUUAAGUCUUUUACAGGACCCUAAUUCAUUGCCCCUAGCCUUAGACAAGUUAGACAUCAUUGGAAAUAGAGCAGUUGACUUCUUUUCUUCAACUUUGCACAUAACACUUUAAUUGCAGAUAUUGUAGCUAAGACAUGAUUGGUUGCUUUGAUAUUUCAACUAAAGAGUUGUACAUAUUCAUCAAGUAGUGUUGGAUUCAGCAUGACUGAGGGGGGCAGAGAGCACGCUGUGGAGAGCUGCCUCUCACAGACUGAGUUGUAUGGCUCUUACAUGUGAGAGGUUAAUGCCUAUAUUUUAAAGUUCAGCCAUUAUUGCUUGUUGUGUCUAGAAUGGAAAAGACCAUAUCAAGCAUGGCUAAAUUGCAGGGGCCCUCGGUCUGAACUGUAUUUUAGACUAGCAAUAGAAAAACCUCUCAUCAAGGCUAGAUGUGUCCUUCAACAUAAUUUACAGCCAUUAAAUACAGCAAAAAUGUAAACAGAAAUUAUGUAAAAAGCCUGAAACCCCAUGACUCCUUCAUUUGUUGCUCAAAAACACGAGUGAUACUGAAUUCUGUUGUUUUUCUUGUGAACUGUACAAAUAUUUAAAUAACUAAGUUUAUCUUAUAUAGAGUAUUUUAAUUAUCCUCAUCCAAUAUUAACUCUUGAACUGUCUGUGUAACUGCUUUUUAAGCCGUGCCUUUGCUGUCUUUCCAGGAUUCAACAUGAUCAAUAACUACUGCUGUAUAUACAUAAUGUAAACUUUUAUGUGUAAAAUCUUUUUGACAGGAACUGCUUUUACAUUGCAAAAACUUUAUGCUGCACAAUUUCUCAGAAAUGCCUCUAUAUUCAUCAGAGUGAAUAACCUGAUGACUGACAAUAUGUAAAUUGUUUUGAUUAAAUGCAGUGA